GUUACUCCUAUCGUCCGCAGGCGAAGACACCUUUCCGAUCCUUUACCUCGACCCAUACAAAGAAGAAGAGGAAACGGAAAGGUGGAAAGGAAAGAACAUAAUCUUGGCCGAAUUCAUAAGCAGUCGCCUGAGUUUUUCCGAUAUCUGAACAUCAACCGAGCUUCAGUAAACACAAAAUGGAAGAAGCCCAAUUCACAAAUGGGCUUGAAUACUUACAAACAUCUACAAAGGAAGAAGAUAUUGACUGUGAAAUGGAAAAGAAUGACAGAAGCCAUCAUCAAUCGCGGGUUUUAGGUUCUCGACGUACGCGGUCUCAGGUGGCUCCUGACUGGACUGUGCAAGAAUCACUCAUUCUUGUGAAUGAGAUUAAUGCCACCGAAAGAGAUUGUCGUAAUACACUGUCAUCUUUCCAGAAGUGGCAGAUAAUAGCCGAAAACUGCAAAGCCUUGGAGGUGCAUAGGAGUAUGAAUCAAUGUAAGAGGAAGUGGGACUCGCUGCUUGCUGAAUACGAAAGAAUCAAGCAAUUGGAAUCGGAGGCUGGGCCUGGGUCAUACUGGUCUCUCGAUGGUCACAAGAGGAGGGAAUUAGGGUUAGCUGAUAAUUUUGAUACUUACUUGUUCAAAGUGAUUGAUGAUAGCAUAAAGGGAAAGGAAGGCCGACCGGAUACAGACCCAGAAAUGGAUCCUGAAGCAGAGGCAGACGUGCCAGAAGUCAUUGCGGAAACUGCUGUGUUUGCCUCAAAUUUCUGCUUUAGUAUUUUGGCUGGUCUUCCAUGGCAAUGGUUACUUUCACGAGGUUUUGAUAUUGCCAAUGUAGUCAUUCUUCAGACUAAACAUAAAAGAUAA